AUGCCACAAACUGCGUCUUAUCUUCUUCGUCAUCCAUUACCAGUGCUUCUCUCCUUCUUCUUCUUCACCUUCGCCUAUUGCACCAAACCUCUCACCACCUUCAAUGUCGUCAGUUUUGGAGCCCAUCCCUCCGGCGAAUUCGACUCCACCAACGCCUUCCUCGCUGCAUGGUCUCAGGCAUGCCGUUCUCGUUAUCCUGCCACUAUCUUUGUCCCGCGGGGAGUGUUCCGGGUGGGACACGCUCGCUUCCGAGGGCAAUGCCACAACAACGACAUCUCUAUAACCAUCGAUGGCACGCUCCUCGCUCCUUCCGACGACUUGCGGAGCAUCGAAGAAGAGUAUUGGCUGCUGUUUGAGCAUGUUGAUGGUGUUUCCAUCAACGGUGGAGUGCUCGACGGCCGAGGUGCCCGCCUGUGGGAUUGCAAGAACUCCGGCGGAAUUUGUCCUCCGGGAGCCACGACAUUAGGAUUCAGCAACUCCAAGAACAUUCACAUCAAGAGCUUGACCUCCCUCAACAGCCAAAUGUUCCACAUAGUCUUCAACGGGUGCCGCAAAGUUAGAGUGAAAGACGUGAAGGUGUUGGCGCCGGGAAACAGCCCCAACACCGACGGCAUUCACGUUCAGUUGUCAUCGGACGUCAACAUCGUCCACUCCGAAAUUCGCACCGGCGACGAUUGUGUUUCCAUCGGACCAGGCACCUCAGACCUGAGGAUUGAACACGUAGCUUGUGGACCGGGUCAUGGAAUUAGCAUUGGAAGUUUAGCGAGGGAGCUGAACGAACCUGGGGUGCAGAGGGUGACGGUUAAAGCGGUUAACCUGACGGGUACUACCAAUGGGGUGAGAAUAAAGUCAUGGGGCAGGCCCAGCAAUGGAUUUGUACAGAGAAUCGUCUUCCAAAACAUAGUCAUGCAGGAUGUGCAAAACCCCAUCAUAAUCGACCAACAUUACUGCCCUGAUAACUUCAAUUGCCCUCGUCAGGCUUCGGGGAUCGAGAUUAGGGAUGUGAAGUACAAAAUGAUUUGGGGUACAUCGGCUUCAGAAGUUGCUGUGAAAUUUGAUUGCAGCUCGAAGCAACCUUGCAACUCGCUCAGGCUGGAGAAUGUCAACCUGACCUACAACGAACAAGAAGCCCAGGCUUUCUGCAAUAAUGCCGCCGGCACCGCCUCCUCUUGGGUCCGCCCAGAAAGCUGCUUGUAGUGUAGAGAAUCUUGCUUCUUGUCUUCGUCCUUAGACUUCCAUUACGGGCUACUUUUAUUUCAGCUGGAGCGUGGCCUAGCUUGCAACUGUGAUGGCCCAUUAGGAAGCCCGAUCGAGUAUCUGCGGCUGAUCUUAUGUACUAAUUCCACGAGUGUAUUAUACAUAUAGAUUUAAUGCUAUACAGUAUUGUUUUGCAUUUCAAUUUAAUUAACACUGUACCCAUACUAUUGAAAACAAA